GAUAUAUCUAGUAAACGUUCAUUGUGUGUACGUGUUAGUGUGUGCCUUCUCCUCUCGGCUGCACGGGGGCAACAGCAGCUCUCCAGCCUCCCUCAGUCUCCCUCGGUUUAAUUCCUCCCCCGUGAUCCGCCCUUAUUUCCCCUUGCUCUCAGAUUUGGAUAUAAACUUCCUCCGCCCUGUCUGCUCAGUGAUGGGGCUGUGAGGAUGCACGGCAAUCCUGAGACUUUUUCUUUUGUUUUCAUUCAGAUUUAGUCCUUUUUUUUUUAUCAACCCGUCUGCAGCCAUGUUGCGGGUUAAGGUGGAAUCGGCGAAAGGUCUGCCUAAAAAGAAAGUGGGACACCCUGAUCCAAUCGUCUCUGUGAUAUUUAAAGAUGAGAAGCAGAAAACAAAAUCGAUUGACAGUGAGCUGAACCCUGUCUGGAACGAGGUGCUUGAGUUUGAUCUGAAGGGCGUUGCGUUGGACUAUAGCGCCUACAUAGAUGUGAUCGUGAAAGACUAUGAAACUAUUGGAAAAAAUAAAUUCAUUGGGUCAACCAAAAUCGCUCUGAAAGAUCUCUCAUCAGGUCAAAUGAGAUCACUUCCAUCCAAAAAUGUUCCUCUGGUCAAUGAAAGUGGACAGGGUAUUGGUGCUUCGAUCGACCUUGUGAUUGGCUACGAUCCUCCAGCAAAUUUUGCCCCAAACCCCAAUGACUCUCAGGAAGGAGACUCCACAGUGGAUGCUGGUGGUGGUGGAGGGGAUGAGACUCAACCUGAUGGGGGCCAGGGUGGCUCAGCAGGGGGCCCCUCGUCCCCCGGUCAGUCCGUUAACAUGCGACAGAAGAUUGCCAGAUCGCAAAAUCGCCACCGACUGGUCAAUAAACCUCAGGACUUCCAGAUUCGCAUAAGAAUCAUCGAAGCCCGUCAGCUGUCCGGUAACAACAUCAAACCGGUGGUGAAGGUUAGCGUGUGCGAUCAGACCCACAGGACGAGGAUCAAGAGGGGAAACAACCCCUUCUUUGACGAGAUGUUCUUCUACAAUGUCCACAUGCUACCAUUGGAUCUCUUUGAUAAGCACAUCAGCUUAAGGGUCUAUAACUCAUAUUCACUGAGGGCUGACAGUCUCAUGGGAGAAUUCAAGCUGGAUGUCGGUUAUGUUUACGAUGAACCAGCGCACUGUGUUCUGAGGAAGUGGCUUCUGUUGAACGACCCAGAUGACUCGAACUCGGGGUCUAAAGGUUACCUGAAAGUCAGCCUCUUCGUGGUCGGGGCUGGAGACGAGCCUCCGGUGGAAAAGAGGGAUUCAAAUGACGAUCAGGACGACAUUGAGAGUAAUCUGCUGCUGCCGGCUGGUGUGACUCUGCGAUGGGCCACCCUGUCCCUGAAGGUGUUCAGAGCUGAGGAUGUCCCCCAGAUGGAUGAUGCAUUCGUCCAGACCAUGAAAGAGAUAUUUGGAGGAGAUGAAAACAAGAAAAACCUGGUGGAUCCUUUCUUAGAGGCUCGCUUUGCUGGACUAAAGCUGUGCACCAAGAUCAUCGAGAAGAAUGCAAACCCAGAGUGGAACCAAGUGCUGAACCUCCAAGUCAAGUUCCCCUCCAUGUGUGAACGCGUCAAACUGACAGUAUUUGAUUGGGAUCGUAUAACAGGAAAUGACGCAAUCGGCACCACAUACCUGAACCUGUCCAAGAUAGCCUCUUCUGGUGGAGAGAUAGAAGAGGAACAUGCGGGAAGUGGGGAAAUACCGUCAUACGAAGCUAACACAGGGCAGUCUGAGGUGGGUUUCCUUCCCGUCUUCGGGCCGUGCUACGUCAACCUGUACGGCAGCCCGAGAGAGUUCAGCGGCUUACCAGACCCCUACGAGGAUCUCAACUAUGGAAAGGGCGAAGGAGUGGCGUACAGGGGCAGGAUCCUGGUGGAGCUGUCCACUAAACUGGAGGAGAAAGCGGACAAAACGGUAGACAGCAUCCACAGCGACGACAUCCUGGUGGUGCAGAAGUACCAGCGGAGGAGGAAGUACAGUCUGUGCGCGGUCUUCCACAGCGCCUCCAUGAUACAGGAACCAGGAGAGCCAAUCCAGUUUGAGGUCAGCAUCGGUAACUACGGCAACAAAUUGGACACCACCUGCAAACCGCUGGCCUCCACCACUCAGUAUAGCUGUGCAGUGUUUGAUGGUAACCACUACUAUUACCUGCCCUGGGCGGACACUAAGCCGGUGGUUGUGGUUCUCUCUUUCUGGGAGGACGUCAGCCACCGCCUGGACGCUGUCAACAUCAUCCUCUACAUCACUCACCGCCUGGAAUCCAACCUGGAGCUGUUUAAAACCGCCAUCCUGGCUAAAGUCUCCGACGACAAACUCGUAGAGGUGUGGCUGAAGUUGCUCAAUCAGCUGAUUGAAGACCUGGAAAGUCUCACGACACCGGAGCUAGAGGGCCGCUCCAACCUGACCUCUCUGGACUUCCAAAUCAAGAAGCUGCGCGACAGCACUUUGAAAACAAUCAAGAAGGGAGCCAGAUGCAUGUUGGAGGAGGCGAGGGAGAUCGCUGACACUCUGCCUGACUUAGUGUCCUGGGCGGGAAAACUCCAACAGCUGGCUGAUGAGCCUCAGAACAGCAUGCCGGAUGUGAUCAUCUGGAUGUUACGGGGGGAGAAGAGAGUGGCUUACAGCCGAAUGCCCGCUCACCAAUUCCUCUACUCCACAUACAGUGAGCAGGCUUGCGGGCAGCACUGUGGAAAAACAAAGACCGUCUUCUUGAAGUAUCCCAUGGACAAGAACAAGGGGCUGAAGGUGCCAGUUCAGAUCCGGGUGAACAUGUGGCUCGGUCUCUCUGCGCACGAGAAGAAGUUCAACUCCUUCUCUGAGGGAACCUUCAGCGUGUUUGCAGAGCUGUAUGAGAACCAGGCGGCGGUGUUUGGGAAUUGGGGGACCACGGGACUAGUGGGGCGAUACAAGUUCUCAGACGUUACGGGCAAACUGAAGCUGAAACAAGAACACUUCAUGCCCCAGAGAGGAUGGGAGUGGGAAGACGACUGGUUCAUCGACCCAGAGAAAGCUCUCCUAACAGAGGCAGAUGCAGGACACACUGAUUUCAUGGACGAGGUGUUUCAGAAUGAGACUCGCUUCCCCGGUAGAGAGUGGAAGGAAGCCUCGGAGCCCUUCACAGAUGUGAAUGGAGAGAAGAGCCGUAACCCCGGAGAGUUCGACUGUCCUACAGGUUGGACGUGGGAGGACGAGUGGUCUGUGGACGACAACAGAGCCGUGGAUGAUCAAGGAUGGGAGUAUGGAGUCACUAUUCCCCCAGCUGACCAGCCUAAGUCCUGGGUCUCUGCGGAGAAAGUUUACCACGUCCACCGCAGGAGACGACUUUUCCGACCUCGCAAGAGAGAAGCGCAUCCUGCAGGAGGCCCUGUGCAGAAGAGGGACCAAGGUGACCCUGAGGGCUGGGAAUUCUCCUCUCUGAUUGGCUGGAAGUUCCACAGGAACGAGCGUUCCUCCGAUACCUUCCGGCGAAGGCGCUGGAGGCGGAAAAUGGGACCAGAGGACCGUCUGGGAGCGUCCGCCAUCUUCCAACUGGAGGGGGCACUAGGCGUGGAUACCGAGGAAAAGGACUCCAAGUCAGACGGCACCAAGCUGUUUGGUGCUAACACGCCCACUGUGUCCUGCUGCUUUGACAAGUCACACUUGUACCAUCUCCGUGUCUACGUCUAUCAGGCUCAGAACUUGGCAUCUAUGGACAAAGAUAGUUUUUCUGAUCCGUAUGCACACGUCUCCUUCCUGCACUUCAGUAAGACAACAGAGAAGCUGAAGGCAACCCUGAACCCGACCUGGGACCAGACUCUGAUCUUCAGCGAUGUGGAGAUUUACGGAGACCCGCAGAACAUCACUCAGUGCCCCCCCGAUGUGGUUCUGGAGUUCUACGACAACGACCAAGUGGGGAAAGAUGAGCUGCUCGGACGCAGUGUUUGCACUCCGAUGGUGAAGCUGAACGCCAGCAUCGACCAGACUCCCAGACUGCUGUGGUACCCCAUCAUCCAGAAAGGUCAAAAGGCAGGCGAGGCCCUGCUGGCUGCAGAACUCAUCCUUAAAGACAAGUCGGGCGAGUCAGACCUUCCUCUGCUUCCCUCAAAAAGAUCGGAGAACAUCUACAUGGUUCCUCAGGGCAUCCGGCCCGUGGUGCAGCUCACGGCUGUCGAGAUCCUGGUAUGGGGCCUGAGGAACAUGAAGUCGUACCAGCUGGCCUCCAUUUCCUCCCCCAGCCUGGUGGUGGAGUGCGGGGGGGAGAGGGUGGAGUCGGUCGUCAUCAAGAACAUGAAGAAGAGCCCCAACUUCCCGGGAUCUGUCCUCUUCAUCAAAGUGCUCCUUCCAAAGGAGGAGAUGUACACCCCGCCCAUCGUGCUGAAGGUGAUCGACCACCGUCCGUUCGGCAGGACUCCGGUGGUCGGGCAGUGCACCAUCACCAGCUUGGAGCAGUUCAGAUGUGACCCGUACGUCAUCACUGCAGAGGGAGCCAUGUCUAACAAAAUGACUCUGAUGGCUUCUCCUUCCGGUCAUCUCGCUAUUAACAUGGAGACCAGACCACUGCUGGAAACUCAGUUCAUGUACAGCAUGUCAUCUGCUGUCAACAAAAUGGCUUCCCCUACAUCCCAUUUUCUUGUAGAGAAGGAAAAAGAGACAGUCGACUGGUGGUGUAAAUUAUACGCUUCAACUGGAGACCAGCAGAAAUGUGGCCCGUACCUCAAAAAAGGAUACGACAUGCUCAAAGUGUUUGACUGCGAGCUGGAGGACGUCCCAGAGUUCAAAGGGCUGACUGACUUCUGCUGCACCUUCAAACUACUGCGGGGCAAAAAUGACAAUGGGGAUGAUGACCCCAGUGUGGUUGGAGAGUUUAAGGGUUCAUUCAAGGUGUACCCUCUGUCAGAUGACCCUGGUGUUCCCCCCCCGCCCCGUCAGUUCAGAGAGUUGCCAGAGAGCGGACCUCAGGAGUGUCUGGUCCGGAUUUACGUGGUCCAGGCCAUCGACCUGCAGCCCAAAGACAAUAAUGGCAGGUGUGAUCCGUACAUAAAGAUUUCUCUGGGAAAGGACACGAUUGACGACAGAGACCAUUACUUACCCAACACCACCACCCCUGUGUUUGGAAGGAUGUUUGAGACGACGUGUUUCCUGCCCCAGGAUAAAGACCUGAAAAUCUCCGUCUAUGACUACGAUAUGCUGACCCGUGACGAGAAGGUCGGCGAGACCGUGAUUGACCUGGAGAACCGCUUCCUGUCCCGAUAUAACUCCUAUUGCGGCCUGCCACAAACCUACUGCAUUUCUGGUAUCAACAAGUGGCGGGACCAGAUGAAGCCGUCUCUGAUUCUGGAGAACCUGGCUCGGAUGAAGGGCCUGUCCAAACCCAGGACCGAAGACAACGGCACAUCACUCGCCUUCAAUGGAAGAGAAUACACGCUGGCUGAGUUUGAGGACACCAAGGAGAUCCACGAGCACUUGGGUCCCCCCCGAGAGCGCCUCUGUCUGCACGUGCUCAGAAAACAGGGACUGGUCCCCGAACACGUGGAGACCCGGACCCUCUACAGCACCUUCCAGCCCAACAUCUCCCAGGGAAAGCUCCAGAUGUGGGUGGAUGUUUUCCCGAAAAGCAUCGGACCCCCUGGACCCCCCUUUGACGUCACGCCGCGCAAGCCUAAGAAGUACUUCCUGCGUGCGGUCGUCUGGAACACCACAGACGUGACUUUAGACGAGGCCAGCAUCACAGGAGAGCACAUGAGUGACAUCUAUGUCAAAGGCUGGAUGGCGGGCAUGGAGGAUGAGAAGCAGAAGACGGACGUCCACUACCGCUCUCUGGACGGAGACGGAAACUUCAACUGGAGGUUCAUCUUUGAGUUUGAGUAUCUGCCGGCCGAACAACUCUGCCUCGUGUCCAAGAAGGAGCGCUUCUGGAGUCUUGACAAAACAGAGUUCAGGAUUCCCCCCAAGCUGAUCGUUCAGAUAUGGGAUAACGACAAAUUCUCAUUGGACGAUUACCUGGGCACGCUGGAGGUGGAUCUGCGUAACCUGGUGCCUCCUGCGAAGACUCCAAAUAAAUGCUCUCUGAAGAUGAUGGAGGAUCUGCAAAUGGGAUCUCCAGUCAAGAAGGAGAACGAGAAGUGUCUGUUCUCCCAGCAGUCCGUCAGAGGCUGGUGGCCCUGCUCCAUCGAACAGGACGGAGAGAGGGUCCUGGGUGGCAAAGUGGAGAUGACUCUGGAGAUCGUAGGUGAAGCAGAAGUAGAUGAAAAACCUGCAGGAAAAGGCCGGGACGACCCCAACAUGAACCCAAAACUGGACCCUCCCAAACGCCCAGAAACAUCCUUCUUUUGGUUCACAAACCCAUGUAAGACCAUGAAGUUCAUCGUGUGGCGAAGGUUCAGGUGCCUCUUCAUCGGACUCAUCAUCCUCAUCUUAGUGCUGCUCUUCCUCGGCAUCCUGUUGUACUCCUUACCGAACUAUAUCGCAAUGAAGUUGGUGAAACCUUCGCAAUAACCCGACAAGGAGGCGGAGAAAUGGAACUGGAAAACUGUCUAGAGGACGUUCACGUUACGGCCAAACCACUGUCAAUAUAUUUGUAUUGCCUAUAGUAUUUUAUAAAGGUCUAAAUGGGGAAGGGGUGCUUGCACAUUUGCACUGUUAUCUUAUCAUGAACACUUUGACAGACGGGAGCAAUAACUAAUGUAUCCAGAUCCACACACUGGGAAAACAGAAGCCCCUGUAUCAUUUAAUGCAAUACAACUGUCCUAAUUUAACUUUAUUUUGUUAAUGUGUAAAAGAUUCACUUAUCGGAUUUUAGAUUGAUUAAAUGGUUGUGUUGUAGGGUGUCACUACUCGUAUGUUAAUGGUGUGAUCAAAUACAUAUAUAAUAACUGUUAAAAAAGGUAGGAGUUAUUAGGACUGUUGUUUUUAUUGCAUUACUCUAUACAAGGGUUUCUAUUUUCUGCCUACUUAAAUGCCAAAAACAAUGUAAGACUUAAGUUACCAACAGCAUAAAAGUGUCUGUAUUUUGUACAUUACAUUUUCACUGGUCUUUUAAAUUAAAGUUAUUAAAAAUGAUGUUCAAACAGU